CUAUGCAAUGCAGCAAAAUGCCAAACUUUUGCAGGCCUUUGCUUUUAUAAAUGGAAGUCAAUGGGACGAAAAGUGGUAUCGACUGGGAGAAUCUCCUCUCCACCGCACGCUACACGAUGAUUAUAGACAAGAGAAGAAAUACGCCCGAAUCAACGCUGCAAACGAGCGAUUAAACGAUGCGGCUACUACCAUGAGUACAACAAAGCCAUGCCAGUGUCUGCUAGAGGCCACAACUCACGGAUUCGCGGAUUUGAUGGAAGAAGAAGAGUCAGCCGCUCCUGUCUUGUGCUAUUUGAACUCUCAAUCCGGCGGCACCUAUUCACUGCAGAGGAUCCAUUGGAGGGCAAGUGAUAUAAUGCUAAAUUUCUACAAAUCUGUUGUGUUGAAGAGAAAAGCUCAUCUACAAUCUGGACAGCUUGCAAGGUGGGGACCAGCAUGGUGGAUUUGUGCCUUGGGGACAAGACAACGACAUCCCAGACCUUUGCCUUUGUUACGGGCUGUGCCACUGAAGCGGACUCAUUGCCUGGGAAUUUCUCCAGCUUGCAGUAUAUAUGAAUUUUGUAAGGCCAACAGUUUUUUCUGGCCACUUGUGAGCACAAUGUUUGGAACGAUUCUCAUGUGGUAAUUAAUUUUUGAGUGUUCUGCUGCUGCAUUGUUGACAGAAUCAGAAUCUACAGUGCCUAGUUUACACAGUUUUGUGUUUUAAAUUAACCAAUCUACUAAAGUUGUUGUUUUAUGUGUCUGUAAUGGUUGGAUAAAAUGUGUGACAGCUGCACCCAUUUAAAAAUUGUUUUAAAGAGAA